AUGGUUAACGUUCCCAAGACCAAGAAGACCUACUGCAAGAACAAGGAGUGCAGGAAGCACACUCUCCACAAGGUGACUCAGUACAAGAAGGGUAAGGAUAGCCUGUCUGCCCAGGGAAAGCGCCGUUAUGACCGCAAGCAGUCAGGAUAUGGUGGUCAGACCAAGCCUGUCUUCCACAAGAAGGCCAAGACCACCAAGAAGAUUGUGCUGAAGCUGCAGUGCCAGAGCUGCAAGCACUACUCGCAGCACGCGAUCAAGAGGUGCAAGCAUUUUGAGAUUGGUGGAGACAAGAAGGGCAAGGGAACAUCUCUUUUCUAA